CCCACCCCGCCCUCGCGCCGUCUCCCAUGAGGACCAACGGCUCCGCCUCCCAGGAGGCCCGGAAAGUGGGUGGCGCUGAGGGAAGGAGGCCGUUGCCUCAGGUCACCCUGUGUGACCCCUGGCGCGGGAGGUUAGGGGCGACUGCACGUGUGAUGGGUCUUGAUAACGCCAGGGACCGACGUGAGAGUGAGAACCGAAGAGAUGUGCUGGGAGAAGAGCCCCAGCCCUGUUCCUGGACUUUGCACGGAAGGCUUGAGAGAGGGAGGCUGUCUUCUGCAGGGAAGGUGGCCAGACAGGUCUCCUCCCUUCAGAUUUCUGCAACUAGCGUGUCCUUCCUUCCUUCACGGGAAAACUCUUCUGUCAUGUCGCAGAAUGGAUACUUUGAGGAUGCAGGCUACCUCAAGUGUGACACAGAUGAUGCCUCUGAAACCCGUGAGGAGAGCCUGAGGGAUGAGGCCUUCGACACGGUCAACUCCUCCAUUGUGUCUGGCGAGAGCAUCCGCUUUUUUGUCAACGUCAACCUCGAGGUGCAGCCUACCCAGUCUGCAGAGAAUGAAUCACCUGGCGGCUACGGACUCCUACACACCUCCCGCAAGUACCUGAAGUUAAAGAACUUUGAGGAAGAGAUCCGUGCACACCGGGACUUAGAUGGCUUCCUGGCACGGGCCAGAAUCAUCCUGAAUGAAACAGCCACCUCCCUGGAUGAUGUGCUGAGGGCUAUGCUGUGUCGCUUAGCCCAAGACCCCUACAACAGCGAGCCAGACUGCAACCUGGACCUGCUCAUGGCCAUGCUCUUCACUGACUCCGGGGCUCCCAUGGAGGGUAAAGCAGUUCACCUGCUGUCGGACACCAUCCAAGGGGUCACUGCCACAGUAACAGGGGUACAAUACCAGCAGUCAUGGAUCUGCAUCCUCUGUACCUCCAAGGCCCUGCUGAGGCGACACGUGUGCAUCAGCCGCCUGGUCCGCCCGCAGAACUGGGGGCAGAAUUCCUGUGAGGUGCGGUUUGUCAUCCUGGUGCUGGCCCCACCCAAGAUGAAAAGCACCAAGACUGCCACAGAGGUGGGACGUACAUUUGCCACCAUGUUGUUAGACAUCACCUUCCGCCAGAAGCUCCUGAAGACCCACACAGAGGAGGAAUUCAAAGAGGCCCUGGUCCAACAGAGACAGCUGCUCACCGUAAUGAGCCACUGUCCGAGUAUCAGCAUGGACUACAGCAUGAGCUCCAUCUGCCUCUUCAGACACCCACAGCCCCCACAGCAGAAGGACUUUCUCCCCAUGGGGAAGGGCAUCCAGGAGGACAUCGCCCGCAGGUUCCCCGUGUACCCACUGGACUUCACUGACGGCAUCAUCGGGAAAAACAAGGCUGUGGGCAAAUACAUCACCACCACCUUGUUCCUCUACUUCGCCUGCCUUCUGCCCACGAUUGCUUUUGGGUCCCUCAAUGAUGAGAACACAAAAGGGGUUAUCGAUGUGCAGAAGACCGUGGCUGGGCAGAGCAUUGGAAGCCUCUUGUAUGCACUCUUCUCUGGGCAGCCGCUGGUGGUGCUGCUGACAACUGCACCCCUGGCCCUCUACAUCAAUGUGAUCCGUGGCAUCUGUGAUGACUAUAAUCUGAACUUCAGUACCUUCUAUGCAUGGACAGGCCUGUGGAACAGUUUCUUCCUCACACUUUAUGCCCUCUUCAACCUCAGCCUGGUCAUGAGUCUUUUCAAGAGGUCAACAGAGGAGAUCAUUGCCUUGUUCAUUUCUAUCACGUUCGUUCUAGAUGCUGUCAAGGGCAUGGUCAAAAUCUUCCAGAAGUACUACUAUGGCCAUGACGCUAGACUCUUCAAAGAGGAGUCCUCCUUGGUGAACCUGCUGGGCUUCAACAGUAGCCUCCACACUGCCCUCAACACCAGCUUCCUGACUAGCCCACCGGAGUUAACUACAACGGGCAGCCAGGACGCCGAGCCCCUGGCCCGGGAUACGGCUGUGCUCAGCCUCCUCAUCAUGCUGGGCACACUCUGGCUGAGCUACACCCUCUACCAGUUGAAGAAGAGCCCCUACCUGCACCCCUACAUGCGUGAGAUCCUGUCAGACUGUGCCUUGCCCAUUUCGGUGCUUACCUUCUCCCUCAUCUCUUCCUACGGCUUCCAGGAGAUUAAGAUGGUCAAGUUUCGCUACAGCCCGAGUGAGAACCUGUUCGAGAUAGCUGAGAUGCACUCGCUAUCCCUGGUGGCCAUCAGCAGCGCCAUGGGCCUCGGCUUCCUCCUCUCCAUGCUCUUCUUCAUAGAGCAGAACCUGGUGGCUGCCUUGGCUAACUCCCCACAGAACAGGCUGGUAAAGGGCACUGCCUACCACUGGGACCUCCUGCUCAUCGCCAUCAUCAAUACUGGGUUGUCUCUGUUUGGGCUGCCCUGGAUCCAUGCUGCCUACCCCCACUCCCUGCUGCAUGUACGAGCACUGGCUUUGGUGGAGGAGCAUGUAGAGAACGGGCACAUUUACGAGACGAUUGUGAACGUGAAGGAGACGCGGCUGACCUCCCUGGGCACCAGCAUCCUGAUGGGCGUCUCCCUCCUGCUGCUGCCCUUCCCACUACAGUGGAUCCCCAAGCCUGUGCUCUACGGCCUCUUCCUCUACCUCGCGCUCACCUCCAUCGACGGCAACCAGCUGUUUCAGCGCCUGGAGCUGCUGCUCAAGGACCAGACGUCCUACCCACCCACCCACUACAUCCGGAGGGUGCCCCAGAGGAAGAUCCACUACUUCACAGGCCUGCAGGUCCUGCAGCUGCUGCUGCUCUGUGCCUUUGGCAUGAGCCCACUGCUCUACAUGAAGAUGGUCUUUCCCCUCAUCAUGAUUGCCAUGAUCCCCAUUCGCUACAAGGUGCUGCCCCAAAUCAUUGAAGCCAAGUACUUGGAUGCCAUGGAUGCUGAGCACUGACGUUCUGACUAGCAGGUCCUGGCCACACCCCAUUUGCCCAUUUCUCCAGGUCUUCCCAGGCUGGCUGUGUAGCUGUGUGUGGGCAUCCGGGAAUGCUGCUCUGUGCUGCACCCCCUCACAGCUGUCCCAAGUGGCCGAGGGUGCCUGGGCACUCAGGGAGCUCUGAGGGAUGUGUCUGCUCCUCUUCCCAAUAGCCCUUUGCUUUGGGUCCAGAAUGCUGCUCAGGGCAGCUUCUGCCCAGGGUGGGAAUAAGCAGGACAGAUUUUCUUUUGAUAAAGAGUGUGAGGUGGCCGAAAGAGAAACCAUUUCCUUGAUUGUGUAAGGAACUUCCUGGAUGCACAUUAGAGAAUAAAGCUUCUGUUUCUAUGCUUCUA